AAGGAUCAAAAGCCCUCCUCCCUCUGUUCCCCACAUCAUGUGUUUGUGUAGCGACUGAAAAGGAGGAAGAGAAACUAUACAGGCCACAUGAAGCCACUGCCUCCACUGACAUCACAUCAUGUCAUGUCACAUCCUUGUGAAGACGCACACAUGCAAUUCAGGAAAAACGAGUUUGGAGACAUUUCUGCGAGUCACCCUCCCUCCUUUCUUUCUGUCUACCUCUCGCUCUUUCAUGUUUAUAUACAUCCUGACAGUAUCUCCUGAUGGUUUAAUUCACUCUACCUCUGCCUGUGACUUCUUCCCAGCUGAUCAUGGACUACGCUCAGUCUUUCUCAACCCUCAACGAGAGGCUGAGACCUAAAAUAACAAAAAGCGAACAGCUCUACUCCUCUCUGAACAGACUGGAGGAGAAACAGUCGAACUCGCUCAGGAGCAAAUCCUCAUCUUACCGACCCACAGUUCUGCCAACAGAACCCGAACCAAAGGACUGUGUGGCCACAACAGAACCAGAAGAUCCAGAGGAACCUGAAGACAACUGUGAGCAGGAAGAUUUGGUCUCCGAUGAAGAAAAUUGUGCCGAUCGGUUAAACAACUCGUGCCUCAUCACUGAGUUCAGUUUAAAAGAUUUAGAAGAAGAGGAGUCGGUUGACGAGAGCAGAAACACAUCCUCGCCUGAGGAGAAAGAAAACCCAGGUGAGCUGAUCUCAGAGGGGACAGGUGAUUCCUCAGAGUCAGUAGCUACGGGCGGUGAAGGUGGGAGCUCCUUCCAGAGGAGCUACGUGAACCGGACUUUACCAGACCUGAUCAACAGUGGCAGGCCGCUCAACCGACGUCGGACACUGGGACAUGUCUCUGACACGCUUAAAGAAGUGCGCAGAGAGGUGGAGCUGUCUCGGAGACGAAGUAUCAAGCUUAAGGCGCAGGUGGACAAACUACAGGAGAGCAGAGAGGGACCGGGAUGGAGUCAACACAGAGAGAGGGUCACAGAGGAGGUUCUGUCCAUACUGGGGCUACUGCGCCCGCUGACAGAGUCAGAGUCCAGCCCAACUGAACCCUCUCCUGGUGUAAACCGCCUGGACGCUUCCCUGAGCCAGCUGCAGAAUGUGGCCCGCAAACUGGCUAUUAGUCACACCAAACAGUUCAAAUCUGGAGAAGGAGCAGAGGACAGUGCUGUUCUGCAGCAGGCGUUACGGGACAGAGAUGAGGCCAUGGAGAAGAAGAAGGCGAUGGAGGCCGAGCUGCUGCGGAGUAAAACGGAGAUGAUGUUGCUAAACAACCAGCUGCUGGAGGCUGUACAGAAACGUCUGGAGCUGGCAGUGGAGCUUGACUCCUGGAAGGAGGACGUUCAGCUGAUCAUCCACCAGCAGCUGCAGAGUCAGCAGCAGGCAGAGCAGGCCAAGAAGAAGCCCUCCCGCCUGGGCAUCCUGAGGAGAACCAACAAACUGCCCAUCCAGCGGCCAACCAACUUCUCUUUGUCUACACCCGUCCCUCCCACAACCAACUCCAACCAAAUCUUCAUCCCCAGAGCUGCUGUUUCCCCUGCUCCGACUCCCAGCACGCCUCCCUCCACUAGCACCCAACGCAACUGGAUGGACAAGCUGAGGUGGACCAAGACCAGUCGUCAAGGAGACCAGGAUGCAGCAGGGCAGGAGUCAGAGGGCAGGGGUGACAACGGCUUCCAGGUCGUGUCCCUCGAUUGAAACAGUAAUGAUUUUGCACCGAGUACUUAAAUUAUGAUGCACAGUGCUCAUGUCUAACAAUUUAAAGUCCCCCUCAUGUCUAACAAUUUAAAGUCCCCCUCCAGUCAUAACGUUUUUUUUUUUGCUUAUCGUCACUUUGUUGUUUGACCACAUGAUGUAUGUGCAGAGUUUGAAGGCUCUUUUCACAUUUAUCUGCCCGAGGGGGAAGGAUUCUGUGCUCAUUUAAAAUCUGAGUUUAACACGUGUAUGUACAAGCAUGGUGUGUGACAUCACUGCUAGUAGCCAAUCGUGGUCCAGCAUGCAAUUUACACACGUGUGAUGUGGAAACACUGGGAAUGGACUUUUCAUCUAGAGUCCAGCAGUUAAACCUCUGAAAUGAACAAUAUUUACAUAUUCAUAUAUAUUGGUUUUUCCAAUGUGGAAGUAGGAGUAAAUGUAAUUUUGAGAUGUACGAGGUAACUAAACCUCUUUGUGGAAAAACCGUAUCAGACAAAUUAUUUUUCAUGUCUUAACAUGCCUGGAGGGCAUAGUUCAUGUAUUCUUGGGAAAACAUGCUUUCGGAGGUCUGCGCUCUCCAAGUGCCCUUCUAAUUUAAUACUGUAACACUUGAAUGCCUGAAUAAUGUUGUCAUGUUGUGAAUGAGUGAAAUUCUUAUGCAAAAGCACCUUCAAACCUC